GUCAGGUGUGUUCCUCUUGGCUCAUGCUCACAGCUCCUUCUGACAGUGGUUGUCAAAGCACCCAACAAUGUCUCUUCUUUCUGUAUAUUUCAUGUUUGUUCUUCAUGUUCUGUCUGUUUUAGUUACAGUUAAAUGCUACACCUAUCAAACCAGUCCUGUUUUUCUGUCUUUCCCUGACUUGGCCGCUCUGGAUGCGACCUCGCGCGCAAACGAACCCCGCUUUGAGGAUCCUGUUGGAACAACGGCAGCUGGAGAGGACGAGGUCAAAACCUUCGUGCUGAAAUGUCACGAGGACAACAUGGAGGUCGUGAUGAAAGCUCAGCUGUUUGACCCCGGCCUUCCUGCAGAGCCCAUGCGGCUGAGGCUCGGACCCGUCGCUGCUGCAGGAGAUCACUGCGUCGCCAAGGUGACUGGAAAUGGAGAGUACAUCAUCAGAGCUCCGCUGGCUGAGUGUGGGAACAAAGUGAUGUUUACAGAUAGCGCUGUGCUUUACAGCAACCUGCUCCUCUACUAUCCUCCAUCAUCACCUGGUGACACCUUUCAACGGGUGCGUGUUGCUGUUCCUGUGCAGUGUGAAUACGAAAGGAGGCACACAGUGAGCAGCAGAGCACUGAGGCCAACCUGGAGCCCCUUCACUUCAUUCCAGUCGGCUCAUCUUGACCUCGAUUUCCACCUCAGGCUCAUGACAGAUGACUGGAGCAGUGAGAGAACGUCAUCUGUCUACUUUCUAGGUGAAACGGUCAACAUGGAGGCCUCUGUAGACCAUCAUCAUCUUCCUCUUCGUCUGUAUGUGAGCAGCUGUAUGGCCACUCUGACCUCUGAUGUGAAUUCUUCCCCCAGAUAUCCCUUCAUAGACCACCAGGGAUGUUUCACAGACUCCCAGCUGAGCGGCUCCAAGUCUCGUUUCCUGUCCCGAGUUCACAACAAUCGUCUCCAGAUUCAGCUCGAGCCUUUCCUCUUCCACCAGGACCGCAGACACUCUAUCUACAUCACAUGUUACCUGGAAGCUGAGCCCAUUUCAAAGAAUGACCCGGUAAAGAAGGCCUGUUCUUUUAUAAACAACAGGUGGAGGUCAGUGGAUGGCGACGAUCAUGUGUGUGAGAGCUGUGCAGAAAAGGCAUCUCCCGGCAGCAGUGCCGGGUCCAGUCACAAGAGGGCGCACAGGAGCAGAAGAGAACAAAACGAGCUGCACAGGGAAACCACCUUGGGUCCAAUCGUAUUUCUUCCACGGAAAGCUGACAGCUGUGGGAAUCCCAGCUAUCUGUUUAAUAAAACAUAAAGAAAGGGGGCAGACAGGUAAACACUGACUCUGAUGAAGACUGCUUUGCUGGACUUUUCACCUUUUUAUGGCUAUUUCCAGACUAAACCUGUGGAUGCAUUUGAAAUAUCAAGCGUUUUCCAUUUAUUCCAGUAGUGUAAUAUAACCUCUGUAAAUGUAGAUCUGCACAGUCAGCAGUUUUUAAUAAACAAAAAAAAGUCCGAUCAACAAAAGCAGGUGUUUUGUUUUAUGAAGAUAUAUUUAGCAUUACUAAUCAGAAAUGCCUAUUCACAUUUUCAGAUUCUCUUGUACCAAAAUCUGGUUUCCAGUUUGUUCAGUCUCAUGAUUGUUCCACUGUUUGGAUACACUACCAUACAAAAAUUUAGGGUCACUUAGAAAUGUCCUUAUUUUUGAUAGAAAAUCUUUUUUUUUUCAAUGAAGAUAGCAUUAAAUGAAUCAGAAAUCCAGUCUAGACAUUGUCAAUGUGGUAAAUGACAUGAUUUUUAACCCUUUUAUGCACAGUCUGGGUCAGGAGAUACCCAUUUUCCAUUGGAUUUGGGUCACUUUUGACCCACGUUGCGCAUCAAAAGGUUAAUGGAAUAUCUCCAUAGGGGUACAGAGGCCCAUUUCCAGCAACCAUCACUCCUGUGUUCUAAUGCUAAUGUUGAAAGGCUAAUUGAUGAUUAGAAACCCUUGUGCAAUUCUGUUAGCACAUGAAUAAAAGUAUGAGUUCUCAUGGAAAACAUGAAAUUGUCUGAAUGACCCCAAACUUUUGAAGAGUGGUGUACGGUAAAUGAACAUAUUUGUUGCACGUUUGUUCUGUUGGUUCCCCAGAAUGUGCCCAAGCAGACAUUGGUUGGUUGAUUGAAGAGGUUGCUAGGGCAGUAGACUUAAAGGCUUUUCCUAACAACCACUAAAGUGCGACUGUUUUCAGGUGUGGUAGGACUUCAGUGGGAUAGCUAAUAUGGAGACUGUUUAUGUUUGGUAAGUGGCAGCUAGGGAGCAUCACCACACAAGUAUACUGAUGUUACAAGUUUUUCAGUGGGUAAUGCCAUCUAUUGGCAAAACUUGUCUCUCUCUGUGUGAGUGUUACAUAAUGAAUCCAGAGGUUUUAUCUAUAAAAAUAAUGCCAUCCUGCUUUAAAAUGGCUUAGAUGUAACUCUAAACCAUUGUUUUCUCGAGAAUGUGUUGAUCUGAUCGUGUUGAACGGCUAAUUGAUGAUUAAAAACCCUUGUGCAAUUAUAUUAGCACAUGAAUAAAAGUGUGAGUUUUCAUGGAAAACAUGAAAUUGCCUGGGCAACCCCACGCUUUUCAACGGUAAGGACAAGUUUCAAAAGGCAAAUGACUCCACCCCCGUCGCCAACAGCUAAUCAGAGCCAAGCAGUGGUGACCAGAACCUAAAGAAGAAGCUGAUAGAGCAGCAGGCGCCUAUUCACAUUUUCAGAUUCUCUUGUACCAGGCAAAAUCUGAUAUUAGUCACUCAUAUCCAGUUUGUUAAGUCCAUUGUUAGGAUGUUUUUGUGAUCUUUCAUCAUUGUGCUGUAUAUUCACAAUGAAACUGAUAAGAUCACCCAAACAAAGGCUUUAAAAGGUGUUUAUUAUAUCAGCCUUUGUAACAAGACUUUAAAUAUCCACAUUUGUCAACAUCACUCUUUUGAAACUUCCUUUGGUGAUUAAACUCCCACUAGACAGUGGCUAAAAUUAUCUCUGCAACAGUGACAGCGGUGGCCAGAGGCAUGUUUUAAAUUGUCUGAUUCUUAUUCUCAUGAUUUCCUUGAGUAAAUUUCUUAAAAUUGGGCACAACUGUUCAGUUGAACUUAAGAAAUCACUGAUCAGAGCUCAACGAUUAAUGUAGUAAUGAUAGACUCACUUAAAAAAAUCUUACUGGCUAAAAUGUAGAAGUCAUGAUGUUUUACACUACCGUUUAAAAGUUUGUAGUCACUCAG